AAUGGCAAAGUAUAAUCGACCGUGAAAUAUAAUACAAUAUACAAUUAUUUGGUCUUUGCCGCCUUCAAAACCUGCUCACAACUUGUAAAUCCGCAAAAUCCAAACCCAGUAAUCAAGCACCGGUCCGUUCAUUCCAUUCCCGACAAUGCUUUCUUCUUGACCUUCCCUUCCAUGUCCCAUCUCCAUGGCCUCCUCCUCCUCCUCCACAACCAAAACCCAAACCCUAGAUUCCACCCGCCUCUUCCUCACUGCCCUCGCCACCUUUUCCCACCAACCCAACCCCCCCCAGCUCUCCUUCCCUCCAAUUCCCUCCACAUUCCCUCACUCCAAACUCAUCCCCAAAACCCGUUUCUCCGUCGAUGCAUUUCGCCACGCAGGCGAUCACUCCGUCUCCUACUUCCUCUCCCAUUUCCACUCCGAUCACUAUGGCGGCCUCUCCCCCAAUUGGGCUAAAGGCGUUGUCUUUUGUUCACAGACCACCGCUCGUCUUCUCAACGAGGUGCUCAAAAUCUCUUCGCUUUUCGUGGUCGCUUUGCCGCUCGACGAAGCAGUGGUAAUAGAUGGCUGUGAGGUUGUGCUUAUUGACGCGAAUCACUGUCCGGGUGCGGUUCAAUUCUUGUUUAAAGUUCCGGGUUUUAAUGGAAAGUUUGAGAGGUACGUUCAUACUGGCGAUUUUCGGUUUUCUGGUUCGAUGAAGUCAGACCCUUUUUUGUGUGAAUUUGUGGGUUCGGAUGCGAUUUUCUUGGACACCACCUAUUGUAAUCCGAAGUUUGUGUUUCCACUGCAAGAAGAAUCUGUUAAUUAUAUUGCUAGUUUGAUAGAAACAGUAGGGGGUGAAUAUAAAAGUUCUAUGAAAAAUGUUUUGUUUCUUGUAGCUACUUAUGUUAUUGGGAAAGAGAAGAUUUUGCUGGAAAUUGCUCGUAGGUGUAAUCGUAAAGUACAUGUGGAUGCUCGAAAAAUGGCGGUGUUGCGUGUUUUGGGCUACGGAGAGAGUGGGGUAUUUACGGAGGAUGAGUGCGAAAGUGAUGUACAUGUUGUUGGGUGGAAUGUCUUGGGCGAGACUUGGCCAUAUUUUAGGCCUAAUUUUGUGAAAAUGAAGGAGAUUAUGGUUGAGAAAGGGUACUCUAAGGUUGUGGGAUUUGUUCCUACUGGUUGGACUUAUGAAGUGAAGCGUAACAAGUUUUCAGUGAGGUCAAAGGAUUCGUUUGAGAUCCAUCUUGUACCGUAUAGUGAACAUUCUAACUAUGAUGAACUUAGGGAAUAUGUGAGGUUUUUGAAACCAAAGCAUGUUAUUCCUACGGUGGGCUUGGAUGUUGAAAAGCUUGAUAGUAAGCAUGCCAAUAAAAUGCAAAAGCAUUUUGCUGGGUUAGUCGAUGAAAUGGCAAACAAGAAAGAGUUCUUGAGGGGCUUUCUUCUUGGAUCCACAGAAGUUGGUGACAAUGUUGAAAAUGAGUCCAACAAUGGUCCUAUUGAAGGGCUGGAUCAAGAGAAAGAGACAAUGCCAUCUGAUAAGGAUACUGUGCACAUGGAAUUAUCAUCUUCUCUACAAGAACCUGAUCCACAAAAUCCAAUGGUAUUAGAUGAUGAAGAAGUAGAGAAAAUCAUUCAAGAACUUCGUGAUUGUUUGCCCACAUGGGUCACUCAAGAGCAGAUGUUAGAUCUGAUUGGAAGCUCAGGAGGGGACAUUGUUGAAUCAGUUUCCAAGUUUUACGAACGCGAAACAGAAUUUCAUGAUCAAGUUAUUUCUUCUACAAAUGCUGUUUCUGAAUCCCAGACCAGCUCACUUUGUGACUCUGGAUCACUCCCAAAAGGAGGUUCUGUUACGAGCAGUCCAUAUGGAAGUACUGACGUUCCUUCAAGUCAAGAAUAUAUCUCACUGAAGCCAAGGAAUGUAAUUAAAAGUGGAAUUUCUCCUGGAAAAAGGGCGAGAAACACUAAUAAUAAGGUAAACAAAAGGGUUAAAUUAAAUUCCAAAUUGGAUUCACGUGGGCCAAAGCAACUGGCAAUAACAAAGUAUUUUAGUAAAGUUUUGCCUGAUGUUCAAGAAACUCUGGAGAUUGGAUCAAUGGAUGAACAAAACCUUAAAGAUGAAAGUUUGCCGCAUGAUGACACCAAAUCAUACAGAGAUGAGAUAGAUCAGUUUCUUCAGAUAAUAGAUGGUACUGAAUCAUUAGAAAGCUAUGCUGCCACCAUUCUGAGGAAGACAAAUGGAGAUAUCAAUGAGGCGCUGAAUAUAUAUUACUGUAAUCGCGAGGUUAGGUCUGGUAAAAAUGAAGCAGGGUUGGUGGUUGAUUCAGGGAAAAUGAAGCCAACAGCUGAUUCAUCUGUGGAGGUAUCAUUACAAGAGAAUGUAAAAACAACUGUUCUGUCAUUACCACCAGAAAAAUACAAUCCUACAGAAGAUGCGUGCUGGAGCCGUGGACAGCGCGCUCCAUAUUUACAUCUUGCACGAACUUUUGACUUACUUGAGGAUGAAAAAGGCAAGAUAAAAGCUACUUCUAUGCUCUGCAAUAUGUUCAGAAGUUUGCUUGCCUUGUCUCCUGAGGAUGUGCUGCCUUCAGUGUAUUUGUGCACAAAUAAGAUUGCUGCAGACCAUGAAAAUGUGGAGCUAAACAUUGGUGGAAGUUUGGUCACAUCAGCACUGGAAGAUGCAUGUGGCACAAGCCGAUCCAAAAUAAGGGAGAUGUACAAUGAGUUGGGUGAUCUAGGUGAUGUGGCUCAAGCAUGCCGGCAGACACAGAAGCUACUUGCCCCUCCUUCACCGCUUCUAAUAAAAGACGUAUUUUUCGCACUCCAAAAGAUAAGUGUACAAACAGGUAGUGGGAGCACUGGUCGAAAGAAAAGCCUCAUUCUGAAUCUCAUGCGCUCUUGUAGAGAGAAAGAAAUGAAGUUUCUUGUUAGAACUUUGGUUAGGAAUUUGCGGAUUGGAGCAAUGAUGAAAACUGUUCUACCUGCUCUGGCUCAAGCUGUUGUCAUGAAUUCCUCUCAUAACUUCAAUCAUGAAGGAGCAUUACAAAGUUUGAAAGAUAGGCUUCAGCUCCAUUCAGCAGCUGUGGUCGAAGCAUACAAUGUACUGCCCAAUUUGGAUUUGGUCGUUCCUUCUCUCAUGGACAAAGGCAUUGGAUUCUCUUCAUCAACUUUGUCAAUGGUUCCAGGAAUACCUAUUAAGCCAAUGCUUGCAAAAAUCACAAAUGGUGUUCAGCAAGCACUAAAGCUCUUAGGAAAUAAAGCUUUUACCUGUGAAUACAAAUAUGAUGGUCAGCGUGCCCAAAUUCACAAAUUAGUUGAUGGGUCUGUGCGUGUUUUCUCACGAAAUGGGGACGAAUCAACGUCAAGAUUUCCAGAUCUGAUCAAGAUAAUUAAUGAAUCUUGUAAGCCUGAUGCAGUCACUUUCAUACUAGAUGCGGAGGUGGUUGCAAUUGAUAGGAAGAAUGGUCUGAAGCUAAUGUCUUUCCAAGAGUUGUCUUCACGCGGGAGAGGGAGCAGAGAUACAUCAAUUACAUUGGAUAGCAUAAAGGUUGACAUUUGUGUAUUUGUCUUUGAUAUCAUGUUCGCCAAUGGACAGCAGUUGUUGGGCUUUCCUCUACGGAAAAGACGAAAAUAUUUGAAAGAUAUGUUUUAUGAUGAGAAGUUGGGUUAUUUUGAGUAUGCCAAGGAAAUGACAGUCGAAGCAGAUGAUGCUUGUUUAACCAGUGAAGCGACGUUAACGAAGAUCAACUGUUUUCUCGAAAAUGCAUUCCUCUCCUCAUGUGAAGGGAUUAUGGUUAAAUCUUUAGAUGUUGACGCUGGAUAUUCUCCAUCAAAGCGUACAGAUACAUGGUUAAAGGUCAAGCGAGACUACAUGGAAGGAUCAAAUGACUCUCUUGAUUUAGUCCCAAUUGGAGCUUGGCAUGGAAAUGGGAGAAAGGCAGGCUGGCACAGUCCAUUUCUUAUGGCAUGUUAUAACCCUGAUACUGAGGAUUUCCAAAGCGUCUGCCGCGUCAUGUCUGGGUUCUCAGAUUCAUUUUACACUGAGAUGAAAAGUUUCUUUUCUGGAGACAAGAUCUUGUCCAGAAAACCACCUUAUUAUAAAACCGCUGAGGCGCCUGAUAUGUGGUUUCCUCCGGAACUUGUAUGGGAAAUAAGAGGUGCAGACUUUACUGUGUCUCCUGUUCACCAGGCUGCCGUAGGUUUAGUUCAUCCAUCACGUGGAAUUUCAAUCAGAUUCCCAAGAUACGUUCGCACUCUGGCUGAUAGAAAACCAGAUGAAUGUAGCACAUCUGAAGAUAUAGCUGCGAUGUUUUGUUCCCAGACAAGGAAGAUGGACAUUGCUGAAGAUUGAAAAUUUUCUCCUGUUUUGUGCAUAAACUGCUUUCACUGCCCAAAGUUUUGUAAUGUACAUAUAUUUUUGUGUGAAAAAUGUUUUGAAUGUAUAGCUUAAAAGUUAGGGGAUCUAAACUACAACAAUCAUCCCUUUGCUUCUUGUCUUUGUGCUCUUGUAAAGACAGGAUCUCCAUUUCAGCUUAGGCAACAAUAUCAAUGAUAAAGUUAAAACCAUA